UGAAACGUUAAUAGGGCAAAUAGAAACUGUGUUGUUUCUGUUUGGAAUUUGAGCAAAACACUUGAUAGAUGAGACCCUAUAUGUGAUUUUUAACUUAAUAUUUGUACAGAGUUUGUUUGUUUUAUAUGAUAACUAUUGUGUACAGAAACAGUCUAUGAUCCUAAGCCUGUCAGUGAUACAAAUGAGUGCUCCUUUUGUUUAACUGUUUUCUGGCUACUGUGACUUUAUUUUCUGUUUAGUCUGCCCCAAACAAAAUCCCUCUGAGUUGAAGACUUGUACAGAUGUAAUCAGAGUGUAGAAAUGUGCACAUUUUGCUUGUUUGUAUUUUUCACAGGAGAAAAUGUCAUCACUGUUUAUUGUAGAAUUGCAGUGAGACACCAUUAUUGUGAAGACUCAUUUAAUUUGUGUUUAACUGUUUAUUCCUCUGUUGUUCAGGCCAACAUGGACCAAUCCAAAGAUGCAGAAGAUCUCAAAGCUAAACCAUCCAUUGAUCAGCCCUCCUUGUCACCACUAGCCUCAAGUGAAGAUUUGUCAGAAUUAUCCAGCGACAGUGGCUCAGGUGAAGAGUACCAUCCUCCACCACCAUCAUCAUCGUCACUGUCACCAUCCGCCAGUGGAGACGAGCUGCUCCCUGAGAAAUCAGCCAGACACAAAGUUAAGGAGACGCAUAAUAGGGCUUCAGAAGGUGAGAUCAAGAAUUGUGAAGAAAAGAUAACAGACAUUACUGUAAAGACAAGUAAAAAUAAGGGUGGGAUGAGGGCCUGGGACAAAGCGCAUUAUUGCAUAUUUUGUAAAAAAGCAAAUUUAAAAAUAGCCAGGCAUCUUGAAAGAAAACAUGGGGAUGAAAAGGAGGUUGCCCAUGCUUUCAGCUUUCCACCACGGUCGAAAGAUCGGAAAAAACGUUUGGAAGCUCUGCGCAAUAAAGGAGACUGGCAGCACAACCUUGCAGUCUUGGAAAAAGGAAGUGGUGAAAUAGUUACAUGGCGACAGCCCACUAAAAAGAUGGAUGUUAAGAGAUACCUCCCAUGUCAACAUUGUUUUGGCCAUUUGUUAGGACUGAACUCUGGAGACAUGAAAAGACUUGCAAAGAAAAGCAAGGGGAAACAGGUAAAAGUAAAAAAAACAGAGCCAGAAUACAAAAAUCCUCCUCCCAACUAAUGCCAGUUGCUGUGUCCUCAGAGGGACUCCAUAAAAUUAUUCACUCCAUGCAACAAGACCAUGUGACCUCCCAGAUUAGAAGUGAUGAGAUGAUUUGCACAUAUGGAGAUGCAUUGUUUGCCAAAAAGGGCCGUGAACAGUCUCAACACAGAUAUAUUGCACAAAAACUGAGGGAAUUAGGACGAUUUGUGUUGGCUGCCAAAGAAAUUGACAAGAAAAUAAAAUAUCUGUGUCAUAUUGUUGAUCCAGCACAGUUUCACCUGGCUAUUAAAGCAGCCCGAAGAGUGUCAAACUAUAACCCAGACAGUAGUGAAUAUGGAAAACCAUCUACCGCAGUUAAGAUAGGCUUUUCACUUAAAGCUGCAACAGAGGCCUGGAUUGGCCACUGCUUGAUGUCCUGUGAUGCUUUAAAUGAAAACAAGGCCAAAAAAUUCAAGGAGCUGCUGGAUUCCUCCUGGUCCAUGUACGUGUCAUCCAAUGCUCACAGCACAAUAGAGCAAAGAAAGUGGGGUAAAGAGGAUGGCAUACCUUUGACAGAAGAUGUAGUGACCUUGCAGAACUACUUAAGAAGAAUGGAGGAUGAAGCGAAGAAGGAACUGAAGCUAUGUGUGAGUACUACAGCGUACAAGAAGCUGAGUGAAAGCCUUCUGGCACAGAUAAUCGUUUUCAAUAAAAAGCGUGAAGGAGAAGCCUCACGUUUAACCUUAGAGACAUAUCAGAAGGUAGAUACUGGCCCUUUGAAUAAGGACAUCUAUGAUACCUUGUCACCAGUGGAGCAGCAACUUAGCCAUAGAUUGACACGCUUGGUGACGUGGCAAAAGAGGAAAAAAAGUCCCCAUACUACUGCUGGAGCGCACCAAAGCAUCACUGGACUUCCUGGUGGAGAGGCGAAACCAAGCUGGAAUACUUGAUGAAAAUCCAUAUGUGUUUGGAAGGCCUGGGACAAUGACUAACAUCCGCGGAUGUGACUGUCUCAGAAAGUUUGCAGAAGAAAGUAAAGCAAAACAGCCAGAGCUGCUGAGGUCCACAAAGUUAAGAAAACACGUGGCUACUUUAUGUCAGCUCCUGGACCUGGACAAUCAAGAGCUGGAGCAAGUUGCUCACUUCAUGGGACACGAUAUUAGAGUCCAUUGUGACUUUUAUCGGCAGACUGACAAAACGUUUCAAGUGGCCAAGAUCGGGAAGCUUCUUUUUGCGAUGGAGCAAGGAGUGGAGUCACUGAAGGGGAAGACUCUGAAGACCUUGGAUUCUGUGAUCAGUGGUAUGUAACGUAAAAGUAGAUUUGUUUCUAAUAUUUCAUGCUGUCUGCUAUGAAUGUCAUUUCCAUAACUAUCUACAUGUUUAUGAGUACAUUUAGACUUGUUGUAACGCAGAUUUCAAUUGUGAUCGUUUCACAGGAACAGGACCUGGAGCCAGCAGAAGUCUCACAGGAAGCCAUGCACAAGUGGAGGCUCAUGAUGAUGAAGAACCAAAGUCCUUAUCUGCUCAGAGGCCAAAGAAGACUGCUACAACGACAGAACCUGAUGAAAGUGAUGUUGAUACAG